UAUAAAUAUAGAAAGAUAUAGAUAUAAAGACCACCAUGUAUCGUUAAAAGCUGCUGUUUGACCCGCUCAGGUUUGAUAUUCCGGGGCUCGAACCCCCGACACACCGAGGAUCAUGGCGUCCACCGCGGCAGGGAAGCAGCGGAUCCCCGAGGUGGAGAAGGUGAAGAACGAAGCUCCUGCCGAGGUGCAGAUCACCACCGAGCAGCUGCUGAGAGAAGCCAAGGAGAGGGAGCUGGAACUUCUGCCGCCCAAGCAGGAGAUUACCGUGAAGGAGGAGCUCAACGACUCCAAGCUGAGGAAGAGGAAGAAUCAUAAAGGAAGAUCUAAAAGAUACUGCUGUGAUCAUUGCGAGCAAGUCUUCACCACUUCAUCAAACCUGAAGAUCCAUAAGAAAACUCACACUGGUGAUAAACCACAUAGCUGUGAUCAGUGUGGAGCGGCUUUUACCCAUAAAAGUGCUCUAAUUCGUCAUCAACGUAUUCACACUGGAGACAAGCCUUACAGAUGUGAUCAGUGUGGAAUGGCUUUUGCCGAGCAAGGUCAUUUGACGAGUCACCAACGUAUUCACACUGGUAACAAGCCUUACAGGUGUGAUCAGUGUGGAACAGCUUUUGCCGAGCAAGGUACUCUAACGAGACAUCAACGUAUUCACACUGGAGACAAGCCUUACAGGUGUGAUCAGUGUGGAGUUGCUUUUGCCCAGCAAGGUCAUUUGACGAGACAUCAACGUAUUCACACUGGAGACAAGCCUUACAGAUGCGAUCAGUGUGGAGUUGCUUUUGCCCGGCAAGGUACUCUAACGAGACAUCAACUUAUUCACACUGGAGACAAGCCUUACAGAUGUGAUCAGUGUGGAGAGGCUUUUACCCAGCCCGGUAAUUUGACGAGACACCAACGUAUUCACACUGGAUAAAAAUUGUUCAUUUGUGAUCAGUGGUGAUAUCAUUUUUUUGAGAGUUCAGUUAAAAUGCACCAAUUUAGUUUAGUUAAUUUAGUUUGAAAGAAAUGAUUCUGGUCGUUAUAUUUUAAAAAGCAACAUAUUCUUACAGCUGUAAGAGCUAUUCAACCAGCUGUUAUAACCAGAUGAAAAUGAAGUACAAGAAUUCAAUUCAAAAGUCUUUAUUUUGAACAUGAUGGUAGUGUAAGUAACAGACAUGCUCGAACAUACUUGAGCAAUGAAUGCAAGAGAUUUUUUUUUUUUGUUGAAGCAGCAGCAGUUUUGACAUGUUCAAAAAGAAGUAAGAAGAAAUAAAAAAAAAAACUUCUACCCCUUGAACUCAAUACCAUAGACCCUUAUUACAUGUCAAAAAUCUUGAUGUAUUGAGAAGUUACACAAAUUAAUAUUAAGAAUUUUACACAGUGUAAACAUAUUGUGGUAUAGAUGAGUAUAAAUUUGCAGAUACCUGGGUCAUCAUUGCCAUUUGCAGUUACAUUUCCCUCUAUAUAAACACUAUUUACCAUGAGUCCCUGUAUUCAUCUAUACAUAAAAGCAUACAUUAU